AUGUCACCCCCUUGUGCUUCUGCGCCGAAAAGGAGCCAGCACGAGGUCUACAUCCUCCCUCUCACCGACGAUGGCGCUCCGGACGUGGCCCACGGAUACGUUUCCUUGCCGCAUCCUACAGAUCCCCCAUAUAUCCUCCGCUUUGUCAUUGAGGGGAGCAGCGCUGUCUGCCGACAGGGAAGGUUAUGGGUUAAUAUCCCUCAUCUUGGGGCGCGAUUUGAGAGGGAGUUUUUUAGGGAAUAUCUACUAACACCCUCCUUUACGCACGCAAUUCAAAUCGACAUACCAAUAACCACCCCUGGCGCCUUUGCCUUUUACAUAACCUACUCUCCACCCCCGGAGCUACCAGUAGCCACUUUCCCAUCCCCAAGACAGAUACAGGCGCAGGACCCAGCCCAAGUCCAACUCCGCUCCCCAACCCACUACAUCAAUGUCGCCCCAACAAUCUCUCUUAACAACCAAACCCUUCCUCUAGCCUCCGUCUCUGUAAUCUCACUCCUCUCCAAAUUUGUCGGCCCAAACCCCUCAGACUGGAACAAGCAUCUGCUCAGCAUCGCCCGUCGCGGCUACAACAUGGUUCACUUCACACCGAUCAUGGCCCGCGGCGAAUCGAACUCGCCAUACAGCAUCGCGGACCAUCUGGCGUUUGACAGAUGCUGCUUUCCCAGUGGCGAGAGCGACGUUGCUAAUAUGGUGUCACGCAUGGAGAGUCAGUAUGGUCUCUUACCACUUACGGAUGUUGUCUGGAAUCACACGGCGAAUAAUACAGAGUGGCUACAGGAGCACCCAGAGGCUGGGUACAAUGUGGAAACUGCUCCGUGGUUGCAGGCGGCGGUUGAACUGGAUGAUACGCUCUUGCGCUAUUCGGAACAGCUGGGCCAACUGGGGUUACCCACGCAGUUUGACAAUGUCAACGAUUUGCUCUCAGUCAUGAAUCAGAUGAGGGCCAAUGUCAUUGAUAAGAUUCGUCUGUGGGAGUUUUAUGCUGUUGAUGUUCAGCGCGAUGUGGAAGCGACGAUUCGGGCGUAUCAGAGCGGUGAUGUGAGGAUUCCCGAGGGCGGGUUUGGUGACCAUACUAUCGGAGGCUUGGGAGAGAUUAAGGGGUGGAGUUUAAAGGAGAAGGCUGGGUUCUUACGCGAUCGGGGUUUACUUAAUAAAGAUCGGCUUCUGGGGCGGUACGGACGGGUCGUUGAACCUGCUGUGGCUGCGGCACUGCUUACAGCACUCUAUGGCCGUUACGACGCAGAGUCUUCCGACAUCCCGCAUAUUCGCAGUGACCUUUCUAAGAUCUUCGACGAGGUUAAUCUCCCACUCUUCCUUGAGUUUGAUAAAGAUGUCCUAGAGAUCUUCGACCAGCUCUUCAACCGCAUCAAGUAUCUACGGCUCGAUGAGAAUGGGCCGAAGUUGGGGCCUGUUACGAAAGAAAAUCCUCUGAUAGAAACCUACUUCACGCGCCUGCCACUGAACGAGAAGACGGCGAAACAUAACCGGAAUACGCUUGCCCUGGUUAAUAACGGGUGGGUAUGGAAUGCGGAUGCCAUGCGUGACAACGCUGGGCCGCACUCCCGAGCCUAUCUACUGCGCCAGGUCAUUAUCUGGGGAGACUGUGUCAAACUCCGUUACGGCUCGUGUCGGGGCGACAACCCGUUUUUGUGGGACUAUAUGGCCAGCUAUACAAAACUGAUGGCGAAAUACUUCUCUGCCUUUCGCAUUGAUAAUUGCCACUCCACCCCGCUUGCUGUGGCUGAAUAUCUUCUCGACGAGGCGAGAAGGGUUCGUCCCAAUCUUGCUGUGUUUGCGGAGUUGUUCACGGGCUCAGAGGAGAUGGAUUAUCUCUUUACGAAACGGCUUGGGCUUAACGCGCUGAUUCGUGAGGCGAUGCAGUCUUGGAGUACUGCGGAACUUAGUCGGCUGGUGCAUCGACAUGGUGGUAGACCCAUAGGCAGUUUUGAUAUUGAUUUGCCGACUGAUGAUUUCCCGCGGGAGAAUGGUAUCAAUGGCGGUAACAAUGGCAAUGGGAAGAAUUGUGGGGCAAGAUGUGAAACUAUCAAGCACGUCCGCGAAAUCCCGGUCCAGGCGCUGUUUAUGGACUGUACUCACGAUAAUGAGAUGCCUGCACAGAAGAGGGAGGCGAGAGAUACCCUCCCUAAUGCCGCGCUGGUGGCAAUGUGUGCCUCCGCCUCCGGGAGUGUCAUGGGCUAUGAUGAGAUAUACCCGGCGCAUCUGGAUCUUGUGCAAGAGACGCGGCGGUAUUCUUCCGUGGAACCCUCUGAGGGAAGAAGUGCGGAUCCCUCUGACAAGCUUAGUAUUGUUGGGGAAGGGGGUAUAGGCGGCGCGAAGAGGUUGCUGAACGACCUGCACACGAAAAUGGCUGUUGAUGGUUAUGAUGAGACCCAUAUUCAUCACGAUGGGGAGUAUAUAACUGUCCAUCGCGUGCAGCCAGAUACGAGAAGGGGUGUUUUCCUCAUUGCCCACACGGCGUUCCCAGGGGCAAAUGGUGGGGCACUUGACCCUGUGUGUCUUACGGGGACGAAGGCAAAGCUCAUCGGUGCGUGGAGGUUGGAAGUUGACGAUUCGGAUAAGGCGAAGGAGGCUGUUUUGGGGGAUAAGGAAUACCUGAGAGGUUUACCCAGUCAGGUUAUUAGUUUGGAUGGGGUUCUAAUUUCGGAUAAGGAAGAUUGUACGGUGAUUUCGAUGCCGCAGUCAUUCCCGUCUGGCUCUAUUGUGUUGCUGGAGACGUGGAUUCCUCGUGCGGGUUUAUCGCAGGAGUUGAGUACCUUUAUUACGACAGGAGCGGUGGAAGCGUUUCAGAAACUUGACCUGAUCGAUCUUAAUUUUGUCCUUUACAGAUGCAAUGCGGAGGAGAGGGAUUCUAGUGACGGUAAGGAUGGCGUUUACAAUGUCCCCAAUUUUCGUCCCCUCUCUAGCAGCAGGUCUACCACAUUUCUCCACCGACUGGGCCCGCUGCUGGGUCGGGAUGUCUUCAUCUCUCUCCGCGGACUUCUCCUAUGCACCGGCCGCUUUGAUGUCGCUAAAGACCAUAUUAUCUCCUUUGCUAGCGUGAUUAAGCACGGCAUGAUCCCCAACCUGCUUGGCAGCGGUAAACUGCCCCGUUACAACUCGCGCGACUCUGUCUGGUUCUUCCUCCAGGCAAUACAAAACUACGUUACUAUGGUCCCCGAUGGGAUCCAGCUGCUGGAGGAGAAGGUGCCCCGCCGCUUUCUUCCGUAUGAUGAUACGUGGUUCCCUUUCGACGAUGAAAGGGCGUAUAGCCGUUCCUCAACGAUAGAGGAGAUUAUCCAGGAAGUGCUCCAGCGACAUGCAUCUGGUUUGUCCUUUAGGGAAUAUAAUGCUGGGCCGCAGUUGGACAUGCAGAUGAAACCAGAGGGGUUCCAAGUUGAUAUCCAUGUCGAUUGGGAGACUGGGUUUAUGUUUGGAGGUAACAUGUGGAACUGCGGUACGUGGAUGGAUAAGAUGGGCGAGAGUGAGAAGGCAGCGAACAAAGGAUACCCGGGCACACCGAGGGAUGGAGCGGCAAUUGAGAUUACAGGGCUGCUAUAUAGUGCACUCCGCUGGGUAUCAAAACUACACGAAGAAGGACGUUAUAUGUACGCAGGCGUCACAACUAACUCAAACGAAACCAUCAAGUUCUCCGAGUGGGCGCAACGUAUUCAAUCAAACUUCGAUCGCGCCUAUUACAUCCCUGUCCUCUCCUCCCAUGACGCACAACAUGACAUCGACCCAACAAUCGUCCAUCGCCGGGGAAUAUACAAGGACCUUUACAAAUCUUCCAGCCCAUACAAGGAUUACCAACUCCGCCCCAACUUCGCCAUCGCCAUGACCGUUGCACCAGACCUUUUCAAAUUGGAGAAUGCUAUCCAUGCGCUUGUUGUUGCGGAUAGAGUCCUCCGGGGCCCAGUGGGGAUGGCCACGCUGGAUCCAGGUGAUUUAAACUAUCGACCGUACUAUAAUAAUGCGGAGGACUCUGAGGAUUUUGCUACGUCAAAAGGGAGGAAUUAUCACCAAGGUCCCGAGUGGGUGUGGCCCCUAGGUUUCUUUCUGAGGGCAUUGUUGAGGUUUGAGAUUAUUAGAAGGAGGAGCUUGGGGAAAGAGAACAAGCAUGAGGGUGCAGAGAGGGAUGUGAAUGGGAGGGAAGAGGCGUUUCAGCUUGUGGCAAGCAGGUUGGAGGGGUGUAAGAAGAUGAUUGCGGAGGGUCCGUGGAAAGGGCUGACAGAGUUGACGAACAAGAGUGGAGAGUUCUGUGCGGAUUCGGCCCCGACCCAGGCGUGGUCGGCGGCAUGUUUGCUGGAGGUUUAUUACGAUGCGGCGCAGCACCAAAAGGAGGACAGGCCGGGGGAUGAGGGAUGA